GCUGAGAGGUUCAACAGGACCCUGCAGGAGGGGGCACGCACUCUCCUUGGGCGUGCAGGGCUACCUGAUCCGUUUUGGGUGUCUGCACUGAGGCAGGUCGCCCUUGUGAAGAAUAGGGUGCUGGCUACAGUUGGAGAUAAGGAGUGGAUCCCAUAUGCCAAGUGGUAUGGGAGUGCUCCAGCGGUGAACAUGCUGAGGGCAUUUGGGUGCAUGGUAGUUGUCCCUGCCGAGCUCGCCGCGCUGAUUCGACAGUACCCUGAUAUUUUUCCGGACGAUCUGCCAGCAGGACUGCCACCCGAGCGCCCCCAGGACCACAAAAUUGACCUGGAACCCGGCGCGCAGCCUACAGUCAGGACCCAGUGGCGGCUGACUCAGCUCGCGGAGUUGCGAAGCCAACUGGACUACCUCUUGGAGAAGGGGUUCAUUCAGCCCAGCACUUCCCCGUUCGCAGCACCCAUCCUGUUCACGCCCAAAAAAGACGGCGGGCUGCGAAUGUGCAUCGACUACAGGGCGCUAAAUCGGCGAACGAUCAAGUCCCGCUACCCAAUCCCACGCGCGGACAAUCUCCUCGAUCAACUUCGCAGAGCUCGCUUCUUCUCGAAAAUCGACUUACGCAGCGGUUACCAUCAGAUCCGAGUCUUCGCUGACGACUACCACAAGACGGCGUUCCGAACCCGCUAUGGCAGCUACGAGUACAGAGUGAUGCCGUUUGGCCUCACGAACGCGCCAUCCACUUUCCAACUCACCAUGAACGGCGUAUUCUGAGAUCUACUCGACAAGUGUGUCAUCGUCUA